AUGGAUGUUCACGCGACGGAGACUCUCCGGGCAGCCCACGAGCUUCGAGAGUGGCGCAAACCGCCGCCUCUCCACCACUUCCACAGCUGUCCCGAUCUGUCCGCGCUACAGAUAUCCCUGCCACAACCCCCCCGCGGCAGCGGCAUAGCUGACGAUCCAUCCGACGGCGUCCAGAGGGCAAUCAUUACCGCUCCCUCCUCUCGUUCUCCAUCUCCCGACACUCUCAGUCUUCGCACCGGACCGCGCAAGCUUGCAUCGACUGGAAAGCGGGUCUCCAGAAAGGCCCGCGGCGUCCUGGGCAAGGUUAGGGCCUUCCAUAGGAUCGCUGCGGCCAAGAUGGCACAUCCCACCAUCAAAAUCGAUACAAACGUCCAGGCCACCAAGCGUGGCUUCCCCGAGGAUACAGAUGAGGGGUUCGAGGUUAUCGAUGGACCCGAUCAGGAUCACUAUGGGUUGGGUGAGGAUAGUGAACAUCUUCCACCGUUUCUGUCUAUACCGGUUCUAGAAAUUCAUCAAAAAUUCGAAGAGCUCGAAUGGAUGCAGAGAGCACGUUUUGCGGAGAGCAUACACAACGAUGACCCCUCCCACCGCUGGGCUUUGGAAAAUGACCCGGAGGUCAAGGCAAGAAACCGAUAUCUCAAUGUGCAGGCGUGGGCCAAUUAUCGGAUCCAUCUACGGGUGCCUGAAGGCGAGUGUGAUUUUAUCAAUGCCUCUCCAAUCAUAUUGAGGGACUCUGUGACCCAAGAAGAAAGGAGAUACAUUGCAACACAGGGACCUAAAAUGGGGCAUCUCGCUCACUUUUGGCAUAUGGUGUUCCACGAAAGUCAUGACGUGGCCGUCAUUGUCAUGCUCACGCAAACCUUCGAGUCUGGGCGGGAGAAGUGUGGGCAAUAUUUUCCUCUUGAUGCCGAGAACCCGUCAAUGAUCCUUGAAGUGGACGAGGACGACCUGUUUGUGGAUGAUGAUAGCCAUGGGAAAAUCAGCGACACCAUUCUGGGCGACGUCAUCCUUUUGGAAACAGUCUGGGAUGAAAUGUCUCGCUCUGAAGUACGAAAACUUCAGCUUACCUUGGGAUCUCAAUCGAAGAUUGUUUGGCACUAUCUUUUCGCGGGAUGGGCAGAUUAUUCCAAGCCCGAAGGGGAGGACCGCGAAGCUCUUCUCCAAUUGAUCAAGCAGUCGGGUUCCAAAUGUGCACCUGAUAACCCUCGCAUCGUGCACUGUAGUGCCGGUGUUGGUCGCACUGGAACAUUUAUUGCUCUUGAUCACCUUUUGAAAGAGCUAGAAUCAGGACAAUUGCUGGAGGUCACCGACACAGAUAUUGAUCCGAUUUUCGAGACGGUCAACCAGAUGCGUGAACAGAGAAUGAUGAUGGUGUAUAAUGAGAUGCAACUGCAGUUCAUAUACGAAGUUUUACGCGAACAGGUCGAUAUGAAGCUUGGCAGAGUCACCAGUUACGGCGGAAGGAGGUCGGAUGAGAGGUCUGCCAAAAUGGCCAAGUUGUCCAACGACUCGGACUAUUUACCUUCCUCAAAGCCCGAACUGGAGGCUGCCACUGAUCGUGCGACACCAACAAGGAGCUGGUCUGGCACUCCAGAGGUCUCCGACAAUGAGUAA